ACUCCCCGGGCUCCCUCUUCCUCUUGGGACCGAGUCUUUUGGUUGAGAAAAGGGCAUUUAAAAUCUCGGCCUCGAAAGCCUCUGCCGGGAGCAGGAGGUGUCGGUGCUUAACUGCGCCCGAAGGAGCCGGGCAGGUGGUGCCCGGCCGCUGCUCCUGCCUGCCGGGGCUGUGAUGAGUUCGCCGGCCUCAGACAGGACAGAGGGACCAGGUUUGGGCUGCUGGGGACACGGCGAGGAGCUGAGGGCUCACGAAAGUCCCGGGACAUGGCGAGGUGGCCACCAAGCCGAGGCACCGCAGGUCUCACUGCCCGAAGCCGGGGGAGCUCGGGGUGCCGGCGUGUGCUCUGCCGGGGGGACCGUCCUCGGGGUGGCCGGGGCAGCGUGUCCAGCCCCGCGGCGUGGCAGCUUUCCUUACAAGGAGUUUGGCUGGAGCCCGAGCAGCGGGAGCCGCGCUCGCCUCCGCCUGCCUCAUUCAUCGCAGCCCCGGCCGUGCAGGGGCCGCUGCUGCCCCGGCCCCGCGCUCACGGAGAGCCCCGCGUCCCCUCCGGCCCUGGCUUGUAAGGUGGAAGGACCGAGGAUGUCCUCGAUGUUCGGCAAACCCCGAAACAGCAGCGAGCGGCCGCCCCAGAGUCCCCUCCCCGAGUGCAACGUGGCCAUCCUGGGGUGCAGAGGGGCCGGCAAGUCAGGUGAGAUGGGCAGGGCAGGGCAUCGGGGAGUGCCUGUCAGGGGACACCUGCCUCACCUGCCUCUUUCACCUCCUGUAGCUCUGACCGUGAAGUUUCUAACCAAGAGGUUCAUCAGUGAAUAUGAUCCCAACUUGGAGGACACCUACUCCUCAGAGGAGCUGGUGGACCAGCAGCCUGUGCUCUUGAAGGUGAUGGACACUGCUGACCAGGAUGGCCCCAGGAACUGUGAGCGUUACCUGUGCUGGGCCAGCGCCUUCCUGGUUGUCUACAGCAUCGACAACAGGAGGAGCUUCGAGGGCUGCCAGCGCUACCUGGAGGUGCUCGCCCUGCACGCACGGGGCUGCCAGCGCCGCUGCCCCGUGCUCCUGCUGGGAAACAAGCUGGACAUGGAGCAGUACAGGGAAGGCACAAUCAGGACACACAGAGUGAAGCAGCAAGCCCAGCCCACAUCUGAGGGCACCCAGCCUGGUGAGGGUCACAGCCAUCACUUUACACCGUGUUCCUGGACACACCAACUGCUUGUGGGCAAACGCCACCAGGUGAGCUGUGCCAGGCUCUGCCUGGAAAGAGGCUGAACCCCAGAGGCACUAUCUCAGCAAAGCCUCCUGACUGUCUUCACCUAUGGCCUGCUUAUUCCAGAGGCAAAACUGAGGGUUUGUGUGUCUGGGGUAAAUCACCUCCUCAGGCAGUGCCCUCAGGCAUCUCUGUUAGGCAAGAAAGUUAACAGCCAAAGCCUGUGCCUCAGCCCAGGAGCACCAAUUGGACUUACGGUCUUCUCUGCGGAAGAACCAGAGCAGCUCCUCCAGCUGUUCCUGUUCCAAGCCCAGUGGAAGGGUAACGUUGCCUGCUGUGUGCUCGUCCGCGUGUGUGCUGGCCAGGGUGGUUGGGAGGUACUUGUGCUCUGCCUCAGCUGUGGUGGAAAGAUGCAAUAGUCACUCCUGCAGCCCUUCAGACUGGAAGUGACCUUCCCCUUCACUCCCAGGGUUGCCCAGCACAUCUCUCCAAGCAGGCAGAACUCAGCCCUGAGCCUGAUCUCAUGCAGUGGGAAGUGGAAAGUGUUUUUGGCUGCAGACCCCAUUAUGGUGAGGCAGCAGGGCUGCAAAGACUUCAGAAUGCUGAUAGGGCCUUUCCACAUUCCUCAUCUCCCACCAAGGAGAGGCAGCUCCGUGUGCCACAAUUCACCAAAGAGUUGCAUUGCCAAGACCAGUCCUGGAAAUCUGACUCUGGACCACAGUCCUCCAGCAAUAAAUUCCUAUUCAUCAGACCAGCUUGUAUACACAACUUGACUCUAGCAUUUUUUAUCAAAAUCUUCAGUGUCUGCAAAGAAACCAACAUAUAAAUGUUGCCAACUCCAAGCACAGAACAUACGCACAGAAUGCAGAUGGGAAUGACACCCAGUUCAGGAACUGGGGUGCAAUUUUUUACUUGGCUCACUCAGGCUGCUGCUGGUGUAUACUGAGGAAAAUAGCCCCAUAGAAAGAAAGAAACUGUAUUUCCAGGAAGUUAAGGUCUUUGCACAUAUGACCUACUUUACCCACACCAUUAUCCUUUAAGCUAAGACUCUACCUUGCAGCAGGAAAAAUGGGAUUAUCCAGAAGAACUUCAUAUUUGUAUAUGCGGGUGGGAGGGAUCACGCCUUCACAGUAUUUCUUCAGCGUGGAGAUGCCUGCAAAAUACAGAGAAACUAAGAAGUUGAGAGAGAACCUGAUUCCCCUCCCUACUCAGCUCUUUUCAGAGAGGAGAUCUCAUGUACCCCAGUGUCUGUUUCCUCCUGAGAACGUGAGUCUGACCUGCCAGGACAGGGUGCAGGAAUCCCUGGACCACCAAGCUGACAGCAGAGGGGGUCUGGCACAGCGUCUGCUGCCCGGGUUGGACUCCUUGCCGAGGUGAACCUGUACAGAUGUGAGCUCAGCUGCUGUGAGCCAGCCCCUCCCCAGCUAACAAAGCUUCCCUGCUUGUUCCCCUGCCAUAAUCUCCAGAGAACAUAUACUUUGCAUGUGACAACCUAUUGCCAACCCAUGGAUGGCAGAAUAUGGGUGUGGAGAUGAGGAAGUGGAAGGCUGAGCUCCAGGAGGAGGCGAGGCUGGCUUGCCAUUGAGGCUGUGGUGUUUCCCAUCCCUCAGGGAAACACAAAGUCCUCCCUGACCUUUAGUCCCUCAUUUAUUAGUGGCAUCAAUACAACUUUUAUGGCUGCUUGUCCAAAUUAGUUCUUCAGAGUCCUUGGAAGGGACCUGCCCUGAGCAGGGGCUCCUGGCUGUCCUGGUGAGACAUUGAGGUGGCUCUCCCCAGCCCACUGCUCGCUGGCCAUCACCCUCGGGCAGGUCAGUGUCACCACAACACACAUGCAUCCCUCAGACAUUCUGGCCCCACAGGCCAUUAAUUAUUAUAUGAAGACUUUUACGUCAGUCUGAUACUCCCAGCUUUUACCUGCCUUUGCUGUGUGGCCUGGUGCUGUCUGAAACUUGCUCCCAAGCAUGUUCCACUGUGCCAGGCGUGUCAACAGCACUGUUGCUGACUCCUCAGGGAAGCAUUUGUCCUGUCGGUUAUGGACCUAAUGAUUGCUACUAUUUCCCCCCCCAUUCUCAAUGUCUUCACAAUUCAAAGUUCACAUUUUAUAGCUAACCAGGCAUUCAGGCUUACUCCCUGCUGCCAGAAAACCACCUCCUAGCAUUCUUUGAGGAGGGGACUCUCAACUACACGGUCCACUUUGUAUUUCAGAAAAUACGGGUAAAGCUGCUCCCUGCAGUUAGGUGUGCCAAUUACCCUUCCAUCCAGGUAACCUUUAGCUUAUUUACAUGGAUCACCCCUCAAAAAGGAGGAAAUAAGUUAUUGGUGCCAAUGAAAAUAAGUUACAAGUCAGCUGCACCCUAAUAAGAAGUGGCACUUGAAUGUGUUAAAUCUUGCUGUGCAAGGCUUCAGAGUAAUCAUUUGCUCGAAGAGGAAUAUUUGACAAGCAUGUUGCUGAUUUUCCCCUAAGGUGUUUCAUAAGCUAUGGGCUACCUCCUGGUGUCUGUGCACAGCAGGGAUGCUGGAAAGCUGCUGGAAGUACUUUGCUACUUCAUCAAGUAGUAACCAGCAGCCAAAUCUCCCCAGACAUGGAUGGCCAGAACUUUGUGGGUAAAACGCAGCAGCAGAAUGGAUACUUACUGUGUAUUAACAGGACAUUUAAGUAAAAGAGUUUAAAACUUCUGUUAUUUUAGAGAUCUUUUAUAUCUAAGUCACAUUAACAAAAUUAGUUUAAUUCAGGAAGAGAUUGUUAAAGGCAUCUCCUCCAGCCUCCGCCACACAGCUGCUCUGCCCUGCUGCCCACAUCCCAGUGUGGGGAAGCUCCACGAGACCAGCUGGGACAGCGUGGGAGAUGUUCUUCCCCACUGCUCCCCUCCCUGCACAUCUCAGCAGCGACUCUGGUGGCUGAUGGACAAGGAUGAGCCCUUAGAUCCCGGUCUCUGCAACUCCAAGCGUGCACUUUGGUCUCCUCUCCCACUGAAGGCACCCAAGACCCUUUCUGAGGUUGCUUCCCAGCUUGGGUGCAACAGGGAAAGCUCAAAUGAGAGAGAGCUCAUGCGUUUUAUGCUCAUAUGGAAAGAGGCAGAAAGAACAAAGAGGCCAGUGCCUCUCAAGAAACAUUUUACCUGUGUUAUUUUGAGUUUAUAUUGACUCCUGAAUGUCUUUGUAAUUUCUGUCUUCUUGCAAAUGGGAUUUUAAACAUCAAAAGCUGCAAAAUCUGUACAGUAUUAUGUAUUUCAGGAACAAAGAGUCACAGAGUCACACAACAAUGCUAUUUCAAAUCCUCCUGCAGGUCUGUAGACUUUGUUAGCAUUCAAUGAAAUCUCAAGAUAUUACA